AAAUACAUCACUCGGCCAAACACAGUUCCACACACAACAGAAUAAGCUAGCUAGCUAGUUGAUUCAUCAGUUCGGGUACGCCUUCGAUUUAACUGUUCAACGAUGUUGGGCUCCUCCACCGAUGCCGUUGUUGCGCCCAAGAAGACGUCAUGGCCGGAGGUGGCCGGGAAGACCAUCAAGGAGGCCAGGGAGAUCAUCCUCAAGGACAUGCCCGACGCAGAAAUCGUCGUCCUGCCCGAGGGCUCGCCCGUGACCAGGGACUUCAGGACCAACCGCGUCCGCAUAUUCGUCGGCACCGUCGACGGAACCCCCCACGUCGGCUAGAUUUGGUGCUCUUGCUUCAUGUUAACAGCCAGCAUACUCAUAUGCUCGCUCACGAAUAAAUGAAGAAUGGAUCCGUCCAGUUUGAUCUUGUAAUCCUGUUUGCGUGAAGUAGAAUAAUCGAUCCUCUGUUUGCUU